AUGCGACCUCACCCGAUAUUAACUGUCAACGUCGAUCAGGAUGAAAUCGCUUGGGGUGCGGUGAUGCUGGCGUACAUGUAUCGGCAACUGGGAAUGGCGUCUAGGGUUGGUUACAACACCAUUGCUGGUUGCCUCACAUUGCUUCAGACAUGGAUUUAUGAGUACUUUUCGGCUUUCCGCCCUCAUCCUCGUCAAGCAGAUGUGCCUAAUAAGACUAAGGCGGAGAUGUGGUUCACGCCCAAGUCAGGUCAUGAGAUCAACAGGCUGAGGGACUGCAGGAGUAUAUUGGACUCCAUAACGGUAACUCAGGUGUAUUUGCCGGAGAAGACAGUGAGACAACUGGGCUUUGUGCAGGCUAUUCCCCCCGCUCCUAUCAGACCAACCCAGGCUCUACGACCGGCACAUGGUACCUAUUCCGUGACCUUUGCUUCUCUGCUUAUUUACACGGAGGCAUGGAGUAGGUUCCCCUAUUGUGGCCGCCUUAGUGAUCAGGCACUUCGUCGGUUUCUAAAUGAAUGGUCGAGUCGAGUCGCUCCAUUGCUGAGACUGCCUCCUGUUGCGGAAAUGAAACCCCGGGAAAGACAGGCUUUAGAUGUGUACGUUGAUGAUGUUAGAGAUUUAUUUGUCGAAUGGCAAGCUUUUAAGGGGCAUGGCUUUUCAUAG